AUGGAUGCCAAGGAGGAACAAAGCGAUGUCGAAAGAAUGGGUACUUAUGAACGGGAGAGAGGGUCCUAUCAUACGUAUCAAAACGGGCAACUUCAACGGGGCCUGAAGGAACGACAUGUUCAAUUCAUUGCUCUAGGAGGUACUAUCGGUACGGGUUUAUUCCUAGGCAUUGGCAGUGCGUUAUCUACCUCGGGUCCAUUAUCCCUGUUUCUGGGCUACCUGUUCACUAGCAUUGCAAUUUGGGCUAUGCCCGCAGCGUGGAUAUCGAUCAUCCUAGUAGUGAUAAUCAUCCUCAACAUCGUUGCUGUCUCGAUCUAUGGAGAGGCCGAAUUUGCCUUUGCCAGUAUCAAGAUCAUCACGAUCAUAGGCCUCCUCAUUCUGGCCGUGGUCAUUGACCUGGGCGGAGCCCCGACGCAUGACCGUCUGGGAUUUCGAUACUGGCAUCAUCCCGGAUCCAUGCGAGAAUACAUCGGCCAAGGCUCUACUGCUCGCUUUCUCGGCUUCUUUAAUACCUUGAUCAACGCCGCGUUUGCAUUUGGUGGAGUCGAGCAAGUCGCGGUGGCAGCUGGGGAGACAAAAAACCCAACGCGCAAUAUUCCAAAGGCAAUUCGUCGUGUGUUUUGGCGUCUGCUGUUCUUCUACGCCUUAGGUUCUCUUGCGGUGGGAGUUUUAGUCCCGUACGAUGAUAGUCAUCUUCUGUAUGGCAGCAGCAAUACAGCCAAGUCACCGUGGAUAAUUGCUGUUUCAAAUGCCGGCAUCCCAGUCCUGCCUCACAUAUUAAACGCCGUUAUGAUCACUUCAGCUGCAUCGUCUGCAAACGCUAAUUUAUACACUGGUUCACGAUAUCUCUUCGCUCUAGCGCAGCAAGGCCAGGCUCCCAACUUUCUGCUGAAAUGCACAAAGCACGGCGUACCAAUCUAUUGUGUUGGAAUUACCAGCGCCGUUGGGCUUUUGUCUUAUAUGGCCGUCUCAUCUGGCGGGGAAAGCGUGUUCCAUUGGUUCUCAUGCCUAACCACCAUCGCCUAUUUACUCACCUGGUCUGCCAUAUGUUAUGCCUACACUCGUUUCCGACGAGCUCUGAAAGAUGCCAAUAUUCCCUCGAAUGCAUUACCCUUCAGGGCACUUGGCCAGCAAUAUGCAGCUUGGGGUGCGAUGGGGUUUUUUGUCAUCAUUCUACUCUUCAAUGGCUUUGGAGUUUUUAUCCAUGGUAAUUGGAACUCACAAGACUUCGUUUCGGCGUAUGUCGGUCUUCCAAUUUUUGGAGUGCUUUACGGUGGCUAUAAGAUUGUCACGAGAUCGAAGAUGGUCCCCAUCUCUCAAAUAGACCUUGUUACUGGUCAAAUUCGUGGGAGUCUCAAUUAG